GCCGGGCACAUCGAUCGGUCGCGCCGCGCUCUUUCCGGCCAGUCGUCGGCAGCCUCGGUGACAGUACGUCGUGAGUGCGCGUGUGCAGUGCCGUCCUGUCUAUCGAUCGUCCACGGAGCCGCAUUGCCGUACAUUCCGGAGGCGGUGCCUCGCCUAGUUUUCGUCGAUCGUCGGCGUGACGGGCGCGUGUCGGCGUCGGCGGCGCCCGGGGUUGUCCUGCGCAGUGGCGACGGCGCGUGGCGCGCGAGAGACCGACCUUCCUUCCGCCAAAACCGGCUCGCUGUCCGCGGCGGACGGCUGUGAUGUAGCCGCGGCCGGCGCGAGCGGCCCUCGGACAAAGGAUCCGCGUCCACUCGAUUUUUCGCGAUGAAGAAGUUCACGUUCAAGGGGGUGCUCGACGGGUUCCGCAGCUCGGUGCAGGCGGCGCCGCGCGGGACCGAGCAAGAGAUACAAGAGACUCUACGUCCUGAUCACUUCCAAGUUAAAAAGACAUUUCGCCAUGGGUUCCCGUUCUCCCCCACGGCGCUGGCCUGGGACCCCAUACAGAAGCUGCUCGCCAUCGGCGACAAGGGCGGCAACCUUAGAAUUCUGGGCGGGCCGGGCGUGGACGCGCACGUGCGCCACGAGGCGGGCGAGGCGGUGCUGCACGCCAAGUUCCUCAUCAACGAGGGCGCGCUCGUCACCGCCACCGCCGACGAUCAGCUCCACCUCUGGACCUUCCGACAGAAGUCUCCCCAACGUCUCCAGUCACUCAAGUUCCAAAGAGAAAGGAUUACGUGCCUCCACCUGCCGCUGCAGUCCAAGUGGAUCCACGUGGGCACCGAGCGCGGGAACGUGCACGUCGUCAACAUAGAGACCUUCGAGCUCUCAGGAUACGUCAUCAACUGGAACAAGGCCAUCGAAGUCACGAGGCCAAACCACCCUGGCGCUGUGGUGGAGAUCAGCGACAACCCGCUUGACGCCAGCAAGUUGCUGAUAGCGUUCGAGACCGGUCUGCUGGUGGUGUGGGACCUGCGCGCGCGCGCGGCGGAGUGGCGCGGGUACCUGGGCACGGGUGGCGCGGCGGACGGCGUGCGCGCCGCCGCCUGGCACCACGACGGCAAGCUCAUGAGCGCGCACGUCGACGGUGCGCUCGCCACCUGGACCGGUCGCGCGCCACGACCAUCCUCAUUGUCUUACCCACACGCGAAAGCAAGCAAAGAUGGCAAGUUGGAGCCGUGCAAGCCCAUCCUCAGACUAGAGUGGAAAACAUCCCGGACUGGCGAGAGCCUGGUGAUGUUCAGCGGCGGGCUGCCGACGGACAAGGCGGGUCGCACGCACAGCAUCACCGUGCUCAACGGCAAGAGCACCACCGUGCUCGAGAUGGAGCACAGCGUGGUCGACUUCGUCACGCUCUGCGAGUCGCCCCACACCGCCGACUACCAGGAGCCGUACGCGAUAGUGGUGCUGCUGCAGAACGACCUGGUGGUGAUCGACCUGCUGUCCCCUGGCUACCCCUGCUUCGAGAACCCCUACCCUAUGGAUAUCCACGAGUCGCCCGUCACUUGCUGCUCUUACUUUGCUGACUGUCCUUCCGACCUGAUCCCGGCGUUCUAUUCAGUGGGCCGGCAGGGGAACAAGAAGGCGACGGGUUUUAGUGAGAAGCUGUGGCCCAUCAACGGUGGGGAGUGGGCGCCCGCCUCCUGCUCCUACAGCGAGAUCAUACUCACCGGACAUGCAGACGGCAGCGUCAAGUUCUGGGACGCGAGUGCGGGCACCUUACAAAUAUUGUACAAAUUAAAAUGUUCCAAAGUGUUCGAGAGGCGCGGCGGGGGCGCGGGCGGCGCGGGCGGAGCGGGCGCGGCGGAGGACAGUCCGCUCGCCAUACAGCAGAUGGCGCUGUGCGCGGAGUCGCGCCGCCUCGCCGUGGCGCUGCCGCACGGACACGUCGUGCUGUUCAAGUUCCGCAAGACGGACACGCACGGCGAGACACAUGUACUAGAAAUUCCAGUGAUAAGUGACACGCUAGAAGAGGAGACGUCGCCCGAGCCGGAGAGCGCGCGCUCCAUGUCGUUCAGCCGCAGCGGGGACUCCACCGACGGAGAGAGCAGAAGAGUUCCCAGUGGCGGCGGGUCGGGCACGUGGGGCGCGUGCGGCGCGUGGGGCUCGGUGCGCGUGCGCGGCGCGGCGGGCGCGGGCGGCGUGCGGCGCGCGGCGGGGUUCCAGCCCGCGCUCGUGGCGCUGCAGCAGGGCGCGCCGCACCCCGUGGCCGCGCUCACCAUCAACUCCUCAUACGGACUAAUGGCGUGGGGUGGUGAGCGUGGCGUGGUGGUGGUGGACGUGUGGCGGCGCUGCGUGGUGGCGGCGCUGGCGGCCGGCGCGCUGUACCACGCGGCGGCGGACUGGCUGCGCCCGCGCCACGCCGAGCGACAGCGCUCGCCCAGCCUCGACCAGCUGGAGGAGAGUGCGACGCGGCCCUCCCCCGCGCUCAGUCCCGAGGGAGCGCCCGCACCCGCGCCGACCGACGAAACCGCGCCGCCGCCCGACGAAAAGCCCAAGCCGGAGCUGAGACGCAAGUCCACUUCCUGGAAAACGUUCAAUCUCAAACGGCAACUCUCGAAGGUCGACCUGAAGUUCAAGGCUGCGUUCACGGUGCCGCCCGAAACCGAACCCGAGGAGGUGAUCGAGGAGAAAAGCAAUUCCCAGUUCUACUGCGAACCAGUCGAGAAGUCGGGCGCCUCUCCCGCGCCGGAGUCCAAUGCCGAGUCCCCAGACAGUGAGGAGACAAAGACCCUAGAGGCGGACAAUGACGGCGUCAAGAGCGCCGAGCGCAGUGGCCUCUCCUCUCCUUUGAGGGUGUGCUCCGAUGUGUUCGAGAGGAUGCAUCGCGAGUUACAGGAGAAGAGGUCCUCCGACGUGUACGACCGAAUGCACAAGGAGCUGCAGGAACGGUGGCAGGACAAGGAACGCGUCGAGGUGGGAGUAGAAGCGGACACUUUAACAGCUGCCCCCGUGCCGGCCGAUGAAGAGCGUACACCGCGGCCCGACAACCUGCCGCUGUUUGAGGAGGACGGCGCGCCCGUGCGCCCUCCCAGGCAGAAAGUCAAGGGCAAGAAGGACGACAAUGAAAAAAAAGAGCAAAGAGAGUUACGCGACCAGCGGCUACUGUCCGUGCCCAACAUAAAGUACAGCAAGCAAGAGUCGGUGAAGGACCUGCGGCGCAAGCAGGCGUCGAGCCAGCAGGCGUCGUUCGCGGGCAACCUGAUGCGGCGGUUCAGAGAGUUUGUAGCCAGACUUUGCACCAGGAACGAGCCCGCCGAGGGGGGCGCAGCGUCCGAGCAGGUCGUCCCGGCGCCCCGAGCCCUAGACAAGCUGGAUAGUUCCUUCUCGCGGUCCCGCUCCAGCAGCAUGUCCAGCCUGGAGAACAUCUCGCAGGAGGGCAUCCAGUGCCUCGCCUUCGCCGACAGCUAUACCAAGAAGUCGGACCCCACGACACUGCUGCCGACGCUGUGGAUCGGCACCACACUGGGCUCGGUGCUCACCAUGAUGAUCAAUCUGCCCGAGGCCGACCUCAGGCACACGCAGCCGGUCGUCGUCUCCACCAGCGGUGGUCCCAUAUUUAGGUUAAAGGGUUCAAUCCUGACGAUCUUUUUGGACUGCAACGGUGCUUUAAUACCUUACUCGUAUGAGAGUUGGAAGGACGACAGUAAAGAGGUGCGCGAGCGUCGGGAGCGGACGCCGACCAAGCAGAGCUCGUCGAGCAGCGGCAGCCGCAUGAGCCCCACGCCGGGCGCGGCCGACACGCCCGCCGCCGGCGACCGACAGUUCGUCGUCAUCGCCUCCGAGAAACAGGCGCGCGUCGUGGCGCUGCCCAGCCAGAACUGCGUCUACCGGCAGCAGAUCGUCGAGACCGACUUCGUUGUCAAGACUGAGAUAGUCAGUCUCAAAGACAGCGUGUGCCUGGUGAACUACCUGUCGACGGGGCACCUGGUGGCGUACAGCUUGCCGUCGCUGCGGCCGCUGGUGGACGUGGACUUCCUGCCGCUGUCCGAGCUCAGGUACGCGACCUCGUCUCGUCACUCGCCACAUUCGGCAGACUUCGUUCAGUCUUGA